AUGUCUACCCUUAAAGUGCAACAAAUCCUUGUUAUAAUUUUCGUAAUAUCGUUACAAAUUACGAAUUCGCAAUCUCCAAAACCUGACUUAAAUGUGGAUAUGGCUAUAGCUGAUCAAUUUUUUAACAUUUUACAAUUUAAUAUUUCUAUGGGGUGCCUAACAGACCUUUACACAAUUAGUACAUCUUUAAAACAUUAUUGGGUAUUAAAACUAAUCGAUUCCUCUGCUAAAAGUAUACCAGCUGGAUUACUUGAAGGCAAUGGUCUUGAACUAGGAGACUAUGAUGAAUGUUUAAGUAUUCAACAUAAAAAUAUUAAAGGCAAAUAUUGUUUAUAUAAAAUCACAAUAAAGCCAAUGAAUUUAAGUUUUGCAAAAGGUAUUUGUAUUCCGCAUAAAUGUUCAACUGAAGAUCUAAUCACUAUAUUGGAUAAUCUAUUUAUUAUGGUCAAUAUUAGUAAUUUAUGGACCAUCGAAAUGUCUCAUGACACAUGUUCAACGGCUGAUACAUUUAAUUUUAGUGAAAUUGAUCACUUAACUAUGUAA